GCCGAAGAAAAAACCAUGGGCAUAUUUUCCAUUUCAAAUGCUAGCAACAUUUCACAGGCUGAAUCUCUUAAGGACAGUAGCAAUUGGACGGCGGUAACCCAGUUUACCCAGCCGGGAUGGCGAAUUGCUUUGUGGGCUAUCACCUAUUCCUUCAUUGUUAUCACAUCCAUCAUUGGCAACAUCACCAUCAUCUGGAUUAUUCUUGCACACAGGAGAAUGAGGACUGCUACCAAUUACUUUAUCGUUAAUUUGGCUCUUUCGGAUUUGCUGAUGUCUGCUUUCAAUACCAUCUUCAAUUUUAUUUACGCUAGUCACAACGUCUGGUAUUUUGGUGAAGAAUUCUGCAGGUUUCAGAACUGGUUCCCCAUCACUGCAGUGUUUGUGAGCAUUUACUCCAUGACAGCUGUGGCUGCAGAAAGGUAUGUGGCAAUAAUUCAUCCCUUCAAGCCCAGGCUCUCUGCUGGGAGCACCAGAGUCAUCAUAGGGAUGAUCUGGCUGGUGGCAUUUGGGCUCGCCUUCCCGCAGUGCUUCUAUGCUGAGAUCAUGACAGACAACGGAACAACGAAAUGCAUCGUCGUCUGGCCCGAUGACGUCGGAUCCAAACACCAGCUCACGUAUCACAUUGCAGUGAUCGUGUUGAUUUACUUACUGCCUUUGAUGGUGAUGUUUGUUGCAUACAGCAUUAUAGGAAUUACUCUGUGGAGCAGUGCGGUUCCAGGCAACCACCUUAAUAGUGUCCGCUACGAACACCAACUUAAUGCCAAAAAAAAGUUCGUGAAGACCAUGGUGGUAGUUGUGAUUAUUUUUGCUGUCUGCUGGCUGCCCUACCACAUAUACUUCAUCCUCGGGAGCUUCAAGGAAGACAUCUACCAGCAGAAGUACAUUCAGCAGGUUUAUCUCGCAGUCUUUCUUCUUGCCAUGAGUUCAACAAUGUACAACCCCAUCAUAUACUGCUGCCUUAACCAAAGGUUUCGUUCUGGCUUCAAAUUGGCCUUCCGGUGGUGUCCGUGCAUAAAAGCAACCGAAAAAGACAAACGUAAAUUUAUGUCCCCAUCUCCUUACCAGACAACCCGCAGGAAGUCAAGAGCAACAAGCUUCAACACAGAAACUCAAUUGAAUGAGAAAGAGAAGACAUCAUUUACUCUCACCCAGCUAACGCUCUGAUUUUCUCCUCCCGGUUCUGGCUCUACCCUAAUACACCAUUUCAAGGCAGCAGAUUUGUAGAAGCCUGAGGCAUGUCUUGUUUUCUAGAGCAACUUUUUCCCACGGGACUUUUUCAGAUGCCAUCAGCAUUGAAAGCAGUCUGCUGAUAAUACUUACAUUCAUUUAGGUCCAAAUAUCACCCAGCUAUGGAUGCAAGUUCAGCCCUCCCUUACACCAACAACUGCAACACAGAACAGAGAGGUUUUGCCCAUGAGGUCAAAAAACCAGUGCAGCAGACCUGAGGCAGUGCUGGUCAGUAGAA